GUGGGCUGGGGGACCCCGGGACCCCGCCCGAGUUCAGGGGGUGGGGGUGGGGGCGGCGGCGGGAGGCGGGCCUGGGCGGUCUCCUCCCUCCGGGAUCCGGGCAGAAGCGGACACCUCCGGGCUGGGCUGGGGCGCUGCCGCCUCCCCCCGCCGCGGGUCCCGAUGGCAGCUGAGCCGCUGACUGAGCUGGAGGCGGCCAUCGAGACAGUGGUCACCACCUUCUUCACCUUUGCAGGGCAGGAGGGCCGCAAGGGCAGCCUCAGCAUCAAUGAGUUUAAGGAACUGGUCACUCAGCAGCUGCCUCACUUGCUCAAGGGGUGGACCCAGAGGUGGCUUCCAGGAGAGUUACAGACCAUCAGAGCUGGAAGGAGGCCAAGACAAAACAGUCCAAAUUCCUCACUUCACGUAUUUGGAAAUUGAGACUCAGCUGUAUGUAGAAAGGGGUUUGUGAACAAUAAAAACACAGUCAAAUUCAUGCAGAGAUAGAUCUCAGAGUAGGAGAGACCUGUAAGUAAUCCAUGAUUGCUUCUCACCCCCUCUGGGAAUCCCCUCAAUAAUGUGCCUGGUAAGGUCAUUCCUUCUCUCCUACUCACUGGACAGAGUAGGGAUUUAAAUUUCAUCCACUCUGAGUUGCCUCAUCAUCCCAGUCUGUUAACAGUUUCUGUUUCAUCCCUGCUGAGAAUUCACAGGCACGUAGGAGGGGGUGAAUAUGGAUAAAAAAGCAAAAUCACAAGCAAGUUUUAGAGACUCAGUCCAUCAUCUGCAAAAUCCCCUACAUUCUUAGACUUCUGGGCUCCUUCCCUUUCUCUUCUCUCAGGAAAUGAGACACCACUCAAGGUGCAGUGUUCCCCAGAGCCGUGUCAAAUACUGACU